AGGCUUGGCACGUGAGAACAGUUAACGGCCAGGUGGAGCGACCGAUUAACUUGCUCCACGCAUUGAGCAGCCUCAUCCAAGGGGCCAUUCUUGCGCUGCAUUGCUUUUCCUUGACGGUCGGUCGAAGUCAUCAUGCCUGUCGAUCGCAGGAAGGCUGCUGUGUUUGGUGGCGCACUUGCCCUCCGACUCUUGCUUUUGCUCUUGUUUCCCUCCCUGCCUGACUUACUGACAGGACGAGUGGAGGUGUCGACGCCAGUAACCAGCUUCAAGAGACUCCAGGAAGGUCUAUUUCUCUACAAUCGCAACGUGUCACCCUACGACGGAGGAGUCUUUCAUCAAGCACCGCUUCUACUCCCGAUCUUCUCGCUGCUGCCGAACGCUCAGGAGUAUCCGCUUCCGACUGCACUGUUCUACUCCCUUGUUGAUCUACUCAAUGCGAAGGCUCUGGUCACCAUCUCCGAUUCCGCUCAGGCCGUGUCGGGGAGGUUAUACUCGUCAAUUAGGAAAGACAUCAAAUGGGAUGGGUCUGUAGUCGCCGCAUGGUUUCUGUUUAACCCAUUCACCAUCGCAACCUGCCUCGGUCGAUCAACCGGAGUAUUUACUUCGACCGGAAUUCUAUAUGCCCUUUCAGCGGCAGUUCAAGGCCAGCCCCUCAACUCAAUGCUCGCAUUGGGGCUCGCGUCGUACUUCUCGAUAUACCCCGCGCUUUUGUUCAUCCCUCUCGUUCUUCUGUGCUACGAUCGACAGGCCGAGCAUACCGGUACCACUCCAUCGACCGCUCUGUUUGUCAUAAAACACCUUGCCGUGUUUCUUUCCACCAUCGUCGGGCUUCUCGGAAUCUCUCUAUUGAUCAUCGGUGACUUUUCGACGCUCCUCUCUGCGACCUACGGCUUCCAGCUUCUCGUUCCGGAUCUCACUCCUAACAUUGGACUUUGGUGGUACUUCUUCAUUGAGAUCUUCGACUCGUUCCGCGACUUCUUCCUCGGCGUUUUUUGGCUUCACCUAACGGCCUAUGCUGGCAGUCUAACUGUACGAUUACGCCGACAGCCGCUCUUUGUUGUCACCUCGUUGCUGGGAAUUUUUGCAGUCUUCAAGCCCUAUCCAAGCAUUUCAGAUGCCUCGCUAUAUUUUUCCCUUCUUCCGCUAUACCGACACUACUUCCCUUUGAUGCGCUACACAUUUUUCUCAGUCUCAGCCCUUCUCUACGCCUCAUUACUUGGUCCCGCAUUCUACCACCUCUGGAUUUACGCCGGGUCCGGAAACGCCAACUUCUUCUACGCAAUCACUCUCGUAUGGAGUUUGGGUCUUUCGCUCAUCAUUGCGGAUACUAUCUUCGCCGCCCUCCGCGACGAAUGGGAACAAGAGAACCCCGACAAGCGCGGCAAGACCGUCAAGCAGGUGUAAAUUGUAAAUAUACUCAACCUUCACACAAUGUUCCUUAUUACUAGUAUCUAGAUAGCCACUAACGCAAACUUUUGGACAUAAUCAUAUAAUCAGCCUCCUUGACUGACCCAUUCCGUAAUUUCCGCGGCCGCGGCGAGCUUUCAUCCUCCGUAUACCCCACUUUCUCAUAGAACAUAAUCGCGCGCCGAUUCGACUUGAAAACCGUCAACAUGGCCUUCUCAAGCCCAAUGCGCGCUCCCACCCGCUCAAACCGCGCCAUCAGCUCCUCCCCCAGCCCUUGCCCCUGCACCUCCGGCGUAAGAUGGAUCUCGUAGCAGUAGAGCACUUCAUACCCGUCUUCGUACGUAACCAUGUAUUCGAGAAAGCCUGCAAAGUCCGAGCCCUCACUCUCAUAACUACCACCAGCAGCAACAGCAGCAGCAGCAGCAUCGCCAUCGAGCACCGCCCGUCGUAAAAUCAUAUACUUCAUAUCCGGUAGCUUCAUCUCCUUUCUCUUUUCCUUUGGUGACCAUCCCAUACUCGACGUCUUGUACGCGGCUGAGGAGGUUAGCUCGAUGAGACCGAAACAUGCAUCUAGGUCGGCGACAUGGAUCGUUGCUGCUGUGUGAAUGUCGAGUGUAUAUGUGCACGUAGGUGUAGCUGUAGAUGCAUCUGAUUUCUCCUUUGCACCUGGCCCUUUCUUUGAUGCAGGCAAGUUCUCCGCUUUGGUGGGAGCAUCUUUGAAUUCGUCAUCAUGGCGUGAAGGAGACGAGGUAGAAGAGUCUUGUUCCUUCCGUGCUGCCUUCUGGAAUCUCAGUUCCGAGGAUGGGAUGUAUAACGAUACAAACUCCUCGAGAGAUAGUGCAUUCGUGCGCUCGACUAACGGGAGCGGUUUCGGUUUAUCUGGGGAGCUGUUAGCUUGGACAGGGCACGCGAUCAGGUCGAAGCAGAAGCAGUAAGAGAAAGGCAACGUGUUGGCUUCAGACUGACUAGACUGACGCUUUUGAGAUGAUAUCCCGAAAUUCGCGCGAGAUUUCUUUGUUGAGUGGCUGCGAUCUGAUGGCAUGGCUACUGGCUCGGCGGGAUAUGAAGCUUCGGAGUUGCUAAGAGCGAAUUUGGGAUGAGUGAUUAUUUUAGAUUUGUACAAAGUAUCAGCACGCGGGGUUGCUUUUAUAAAACUCGUGUACAUGUAAUCAGAUGGAAGUUUGGAGUCCUUGAUCAGAUCUCGUCGAGGCAUGAGGGCAUGAGAGGGGAGGUGGUUCGCGU